AAAAAGAAAAUAUGUUUUGUUUUUAUUCCUGAUUACAAUUGAACAUUCACUUGACUGACUGGUUCAGGUGUUGAGACGUGAGAGAGAUGAGGAAAGUCGUUGCCGUGGUUGUGAGUGUGAUUGUGGUGGCGUUUACUCUCACCUUGGGUGUUUCAUCGGAACAAUUGAGCUCUAGAGAAUGCGAGAAUCUCGGUUUCACCGGACUCGCUUUGUGCUCUGACUGCAAUACUUUAUCCGAGUAUGUCAAAGACAAAGAGUUGGUAUCGGAUUGUCUCAAGUGUUGCACUGAAGACUCCAAAGAUGCCACUACCAAGAUUACAUACUCUGGAGCAUUAUUGGAAGUUUGCAUGAGGAAACUUGUUUUCUAUCCUGAAGUUGUUGGCUUUAUUGAAGAUGAAAAAGACCAAUUUCCAUCAGUUAAAGUUCAAUAUGUUUUUAAUUCUCCACCAAAGUUAAUUAUGCUGGAUGAUGCAGGGCAACAUAAGGAAACAAUCAGAAUCGAUAAUUGGAAACGUGAGCAUAUACUGCAGUAUCUGCGUGAGAAGGUGAAACCUUUGAAAGCUGAUUGAGAAGCUUCUAUUUGAUCUCUUCAUGCUUUGUACUCUUGUUCUUGUUAAACUCGAGAAAAAAAAUUGAAAAGAGUAUAUACUGUAACUUAGAUAAACCAAUUAAACUCACCUGUGUCACUGCUUCCUAGUGACCGAAUAACGAAAUGUAAUGAUAGUUUGGUUAUUUUCAGAUUUUUCUGAGUUUUUGUGAUAAUUGAUUACGAUACAGCAGUUUACUUUUCCCAGUUACUAUGGCAACUGUAGAAUAUUGUAAUGUAUUGAAUGAAGCCAUGUAAUGUAUGUUUCUUUUGUGACAA